AUGCGGAUUGCUGCAAGGGUCGGUGUUUUAGUUUUCUGUCUCACAGUUUACUCCCUAGUGUAUAUAUCAUUUAUCAGACAGGAGGGGUCUAAUGAUAAGAUACAAAGGCCACAAGAUCUUGAAGUCCUUACAAGACUGAAGAGAAUAGAAGAUCAAGUUUCUAAAAUAGCCCAAUACAUAGAGGUAAAAAAUGAACAAGUGAAAGAAUCUCAUGUGGAGCAGAAAAAAACUAUGAAAGUUAAGAAGUUGUAUCCAGAUUCAUAUCUCUUCAGUUCAUGGGGAAAUGAACUUUCAGAGGAAGAACAGAUACGAGCAGAAAAGCUCUUUCAGGAAUAUGGACACAAUGUGUUCUUAAGUAACAGAUUACCAAUCAACCGAACAAUCCCUGACACUCGAGAUCACAGGUGUGCUGAGAAGAUCUACCCUAAAGACUUACCUACCAUCAGUGUGGUUUUGAUUUAUUUAAAUGAGGCUCUGUCAAUCAUACAGAGGGCUGUCUGCAGCAUCAUUGACAGAACACCGCCUCAUCUACUAAAGGACAUCAUAUUGGUUGAUGACUACAGCUCCAAAGUUGAUCUGCAGUUGGCUCUGGAUGAAUAUAUUGAUCAAAUUAAUAAAAAUAAGCCUGGUUUACUUAAGAAGGUGAGACACACAAGGCAGAUGGGUCUUGCGAAGGCGAGAAUCUCAGGCUGGGAGGCGGCAACAGGCCAAGUGGUAGCCAUUUUGGAUGCCCACAUUGAGGUUCAUAAGCAAUGGGCAGAGCCGCUCCUUGCAAGAAUCAAAGCAGACAGGACAACAGUGUUGUCGCCAGUGUUCGAUAAGGUAAACUUUGACACCCUGGAUGUUGUUCACUAUCAGCCAUCGGCUCAUGGGUUUGACUGGGCACUUUGGUGCAUGUAUGAGUCCUUCCGGCCAGAAUGGUUCAAACUUAAAGACCCAUCAGAACCUGGAAAGAGUCCCUCUGUAAUGGGUAUCCUUGUCGCCGAUCGUCAAUUCUUGGGAGAAAUUGGUAUUUUGGAUGAAGGAAUGGAGAUUUAUGGGGGAGAGAAUGUUGAACUAGGAAUACGUGUCUGGCUUUGUGGUGGGAGUAUCGAAGUGGUGCCGUGUUCCAAGAUAGCGCACAUAGAAAGAGCACAUAAGCCUUAUUCACCAGAUCUCAGCAAGCCCAUGAUUCGAAAUGCCCUAAGAGUGGCUGAAAUAUGGAUGGAUGAAUAUAAAUCAAAUGUGAAUAUUGCCUGGAAUCUACCAUUGAAGGACCAUGGGAUUGACAUUGGAGAUGUGACAAAGAGAAAAAAGUUACGAGAUAAACUUAAAUGCAAACCCUUUAAAUGGUACCUGGAAAACGUUUAUCCACAGCUGGACACCUGGGAGAACAUAUUGGGUUAUGGUGUGUUAAAGAACAACAUAAAAGAAGACCUCUGCAUUGAUCAAGGAUCUGUACCUGGAAGUGUACCAAUUCUUUAUAACUGUCAUUAUUAUGAUCCCCAGCAUUGUCACUACAGCCGUAAUGGGGAAAUUUAUGUUGGAGGCAUCAAAUCUCACAUUUACAAUUCUAACCGGUGUCUAUUGGAUUCUGGCUUUGGAAAAACGCCAACAUUAAUUGACUGUAAACAUGCCAAAGAGAAAGGACUUAAUAUACAGUGGAGCUUUACCCAGGGCCAAGAAAUAAGAAAUAAAAAUACAAACCGUUGUCUUGAGAUUGCACAAGGAGAAGAUUCAUACUACUAUCUUGUUAUGCAAAAAUGCACAGGUCAAAAUUGGAAAAUACAACAUGUUGUCAAAGAUUUUUAAUGAACAGAAUUUGAAACAUACUGUGUCAGAAGAAAUGGUCAAACAUUCCCAAGCUGUCACCCUUUAUAAAGGUCCUAAUAUGAACCAUUUAGAGACAUCUGGUACCAAUAUGCACAUUUUAGGUACUAAUAUAAGCUCUUUAGGUGUAAA